GAACUGCUGUCUGCGUGUCGCCUUCCUGACUUGACGGUGGUGCGCAUCUCACCGACCGGGAAUACCGAUUUCUGAACAUUUCGGCCUUUUUCCCCGCUGCACCGUAAGCUGUGUUUUCCUGCGAGCUGCUGCAAAGCGGAGCGGGUUGCAUUGGCGUCGCGGGGUGAGAGCGAAAGAUUACAGCCUGUCGGUCAGUAUUAUGACAAACGGAGAUGACACACAUCCAGAAGGAGCCGUGUUUGUUUUGUAUGGCGAAAUGAGGCAGGGGGUGGAGAGUCGCCACAGAGACGCUGGGCUCCGGCCAAACAUCACCGCAUUUUAGCACUUAUUCGAUGCUAGGGAUUUGCAUUGCAUUGCAUUUGCUGCAUCGUUGAUCGGCCGUAUUUUUGCAAAGUGCAUGGUGGAAAUGCAGCUUGUUUGAGGACACCCCCCUCCAGAUAUCAAUUGCUGCCAUGAUAGGCAGAGGUCUCCUCUCGACCGCGGCUCAGCCGGUUGGAGAAGAGGCAGAUUGAUUUGGGACGGUGGGUCGCAUCUGCGGAUGUUAUUCUGUCUGUGGAGCCUUUCUAUCAUCCGCGCAAAUACACCGUGAUUCUUACUCAGGGAAAAAGGAGAAAGAAAACAACAUGUCUUCUCGAUCUGCAUUACCGUCUGGAAACGACAGGAGUACUGGAGACCAUCAUGUGUCGCUGGGGGCCAGCCGCUCAGACAAGGCCACCAGCCAGUCCAGCCGCUCGCUGGGUGCCCGGUGCAGGAACUCCAUCGCCUCCUGCUCUGACGAGCAGCCGCACAUCGGCAACUACCGCCUGCUCAAGACCAUCGGCAAGGGAAACUUUGCCAAGGUCAAGCUGGCCCGCCACAUCCUGACGGGCAGGGAGGUUGCAAUAAAAAUCAUUGACAAAACUCAGUUGAACCCAACCAGCCUACAAAAGCUUUUUCGGGAGGUACGGAUAAUGAAAGGCUUAAAUCACCCUAACAUAGUGCAGCUGUUUGAGGUGAUUGAGACGGAUAAGACCCUUUACCUAAUCAUGGAGUACGCCAGUGGAGGUGAAGUGUUUGACUACCUCGUGUCUCAUGGGAGAAUGAAGGAGGUUGAAGCCAGAGCCAAAUUUCGACAGAUUGUUUCCGCUGUCCACUACUGCCACACGAAGAACAUUGUCCACAGAGAUUUGAAGGCGGAGAACCUUCUGCUGGAUGCCGACGCCAACAUUAAGAUCGCCGACUUCGGCUUCAGCAAUGAGUUCACGCUGGGCAACAAGCUGGACACUUUCUGUGGCUCACCGCCCUACGCUGCCCCAGAGCUUUUCCAGGGCAAGAAGUAUGAUGGGCCUGAGGUGGACGUCUGGAGUCUGGGAGUAAUCCUCUACACACUGGUCAGCGGCUCUCUGCCCUUUGAUGGGCAGAACCUGAAGGAGCUAAGGGAGCGUGUGCUGAGGGGAAAGUACCGCGUGCCGUUCUAUAUGUCCACGGACUGUGAGGGGAUCCUUCGCCGAUUCCUGGUGCUCAACCCUUCCAAACGCUGCACCCUAGAGCAAGUCAUGAAGGACAAGUGGAUAAAUUCAGGGUAUGAGGGGGAUGACCUGAAGCCCCACAUAGAACCUGUUGAGGACUACAGUGAUCCAGCUCGCAUAGAGGUGAUGGUCGGGAUGGGCUUCACUCCAGAGGAAAUCAAGGACUCUCUGCUCAAUCAGAAAUACAAUGAGGUCACCGCCACUUACUUACUGCUGGGCCGCAAAGGCGAUGAAGGCAGUGAGGCUCGAACAGCUAGUAGCCUGUCCCUGGCGAGGGUACGACCCAGCCCCAUCACCAACGGGACCAACAAGCACUCCUCAGCCACUGGCUCCUCUUCCUCUUCCACCUCCUCCUCACAUAGCAAGACCCAGCGCAGUGCCUCCACUUACCACAGGCAGCGACGACACAGUGACUUCUGUGGGCCUUCCAUGCCCGUCAUGCACCCCAAACGGAGCCCGACCAGCACGGGCGACCGAGAGCUGCGGGAGGGACGAAUGCCUUCACGUAAGGCCAGUUGCAGCGUGAUGGGGAGCCACAGCCUCCCUCCCUCCAGCCCAAUGGUCAGCAGUGCCAACAACCCCAACAAGUCUGAGAUCCCAGACCGCCGCAAAGACAUGACUGCCACCACAAAUAACAUCCCUGGAAGCGCCAUGACACGCCGGAAUACAUACGUGUGCACAGACCGCUCAGGCGCUGACAGACACUCUCUCCUGCAGAAUGGCAAAGACAACAGCUCCUUGGGCCACCGCAUGCCUGCAGCUUCUCCCUCCACGCUCAGUAUUGCCGGGGCCGGAGCUGCCUCCUCCUCCUCUUCUUCGGAUCGAUGCCGCCUGACCCGAGGCUCCACAAUUCGCAGCACCUUUCACGGGGGACAGCUGAGGGACCGUGGGCCCCCAGUUUACUCAGCCCCACCCACAUCACCCACUCUGUCCCACCAUGAUGCCAGCCCCCUGCCCCACGCCCGCACCAGGGCAACCUCCAACCUCUUCACCAAGCUGACCUCGAAACUCACUCGCAGGGUCAACCUUGACCCGUCCAAGCGCCAGGGCUCAAACAAAUCAGUCUCGGGUUGUACUCUUCCACAAGGAUCAAAAACAGUUAGGUCACAAAUGAAUCUGAGGGAAUCAGGAGAUUUGCGGUCACAAGGUCAUUGCCAUUUACCUGGGUAUCAAAAAGCGCCCGAGCCCCGGGCCGUCGGACGUGGCUGGGAUCUGAGAGGUGGUGGGCGGCGGGACCCUGCAGAGGUGGUACUGGCUCUGCGGGAGGCGGCGCUCGGGUGUGGCUGCCAGGUCCACCAUGCCGGCCCCUUUCUGCUCUCCUGUACACACGGCGUGGCAGGGGGCCGCGUGGCUUUCGAGGCCGAGGUGUGCCAUCUUUCCACGGGCAACUCCGAGACUUCUAAUGGGGUGCGCUACACGCGACUCUGGGGGGCACCGCUAGCUUUUCGGGACAUUGCCACCCAAAUCUCUAAGGACCUUGAACUUUGAACAGAGGGUGUGUUUGCGUACGAGUGUGUGUUUUUGUGUGAGUGAGUGUUGAUGUGUGUGUGUGUGCAAACAGAGAGGGGUGGAAAUAAUUGAAGAAAAAAAAAAAUGGAGGGGCUGGACCCGAGAGAAAAGACUUCUCCUUCUGUCUCUUUCAUGACUACCCCCACCUUGCGCAAACACACACACACAUACACACACAGAUGCACACACACACCUGACCCAUAAAGUCACAUAGACUGAGGCACCCCCUCUCCACCCAAUCACCCCACCAAGCUCAGCCAACGUCUUCACUGAGCUACUGCACCCACUGGACCUGGAUCAGACGGAACCUAGUUGAAUAUUUUUUAUUGCUACUCUAGCCAUAAUGACUCUUUAUUUUGUUAUUUAUUGCUCUGAUCAUUGUUUUUACCCACUGUCACUUUCACCGCCACAGAAACACAUCAUCUCUUGUGUACUGGACGUCAUUGACAAGCCAGUCCUUUUUUUAAAUUGUUCUUUUAUAUGUCACCGUUACAUACACUGGUCUUUUUUUUUUUCCUUACGACGAAUUAUCUGCUGACUUCUCAUCACCUGGGGACAGUAACGGGCACAAACGUGGAGAUGGUCAGAUUCAGUGAUAAGACGAGCAGCCGCUGAGGGUUGCGUCGCUGUGAUUCGUGUACAUACAGCACUGACGACUGCACUGGAUUAAGGUCAGUGGGAGCAGGGUUGACAGGCCUUUGAAGCAGCCAAUCAGAGGCUGACAUGAAGCACAAAAAACAAUCAGAGGCUGAUUCUGACACUAAUGAGCCAGUGACAUCGUGAACUUGAUGAACUAUUGGAGUUGUCGCCUCUCAAUCACAUUAGCUUCUCUGCAUGAGAUGAGCAGAAAUGAAAAUGUAGAUAAAAUUUACUGAGAAAUGAACCUCUUGGUUUCAUGCAUCAAAAAGAGGAAGACUCUUUUAGAUUCAUCUUGCAUGAAUAUCAAAAUUAAAUCAAUACAGCUGAUUUGGUUAAAGUAUUAUAAGGUUAUAGAACUUACCAUACCAUAAUUUUCAUAUAAGUUUCCUAUACUGGCUGUUUCAAAGAAUGAAAUGGACUUGAGAUACCCACAAGGACAACAUGCACAUUACAUGCUGCUCUCUGAUUGGUUGGAUUCAUUGCCUGUCAGCGCUGGUCAACGGCAUUUUGGAUUUUCCAUCCUUCCCACUUCGUUUCAUCCCCUUACCUUUCUUCAAAAGCAUCGCACUGAAGGCACAGCAGCAGCGACACAUACCUGAGAAACUCUGUCUAACUCAAAGCCCUCGAGCGUUGAAAUCUUUCAAGGCAAUUAAAGCGAGGCUGAGCUACAAAUCUCAUCCAAAACAUCCCACCACAGAAUAAGAGACACUGUAAUUCUGGUGUAUUUUCAGUGCAAUGCAGUUCUUUGGUUCUAUUUUGUGCCAUGUGAUCUCACCUCAGUCAUCACGUCAGUAUGUCGAUGGGAAACACCAAAAGUGGAUCAGCCAAGCAGUGAAACCUCUCAGAUUACACAUUCACCUUUACACACAUAGAGAAACACACACUUCCGAGUGUCCACCCUCUUCUUGUUGUGGCACACAGUAUAUAAACUGGUCUGUCCAUCGUUGAUGACUGUGGGGAUCAGGGGGGGAGUGUUCUGGAUCUGGAAAAGGCACGAUGAAGGCAGUGUGGACGGUAUUUUCUUCUGUUUAGUCCGUUGCCUUUAAAGUGAACAACCCCCAGCGCCUUCAUACAGUACAUAUUUAAUGUAAAAAAAAAGAAAAAAAAAGAAAAAAAGAAACUGAAAAAAACUGAGAAAGCUUUCUAUUCUCCCUCCCUGUUUUUAGUGAAUAACAUACUGUGGUAUUUACGUAGGCUACAGAGAUCAUGUUGUUUGGCUGCUAAUUUACUGUUAAUACUAUCUCUCAGUUGUGGCUUUGCUCACAGUGGCCCAAAACAUCCCCCUGCCCCACCCCCAUUUCCUUUCCCCACCCAUGAUAAACUCUCCAACUCCCUAAAUUUAACAGGGAUGCCAUCCUGACCUGUCCACACACAUAUGUACCACCAACUUUUUUCUAUCGUCACAAUGAGCGUUUGGCUUUCCUUGGCUCUUUGUUUGAGUCCCUGUUUUCUCACAGGAAGACACUCCGCCAUCAUCCACACUCUCACGUCGUAGACCCAUGUAUGGCAUCUUCUCAGUCCUGUUUGGUGUGUGCUGUUUCACCGAGCCCGACUGGGGAAGGCUGGUUUUGACCUGUCCUUCCCCUCAGGGUGAGAAGCAGAAGCCAAUAAGGGCACCAGGAGUCUGUCCUUGUCCUCUCCCUGGACGUUACUCAUUGUGGUGUAUAUUAGCAUUAGGUAAUAUAGACCUCAAUGCACUUUGCUUUGACUUGAAUCAGCUCCUUCCAGUGUACCUGUAUAGGUAAUACCCAGAACUAGCCACUGGAGGGCGCCAAUGUCUUAAAUGUGAAACACUUCAAUUUGUGGAUAUUUGCACAGGUACUUUAUUUAUUUUUUAGAAUAAUAUCAUUAAAAAAAAACAGGAUUUAUAUCAGUCAGUUGAUGGCUGUAUAUAAAAUAUAUGAAUAUAGUAUAUAUCUUAGAGCUCAAGGUUUAUUUAUAGCUAGAGCAAGGGAAGUAAUUCUAGUUUAAAGCAGUUUCUGUCAGUGACAAUGGGGAACAAAACCAACCUGCAAUCCUGCAUGACUUCAGAGUUUGGGUUUUAGGGUAAAAAAUGAAACAUGAUGCACACCUAGGAUUGGAAGCUUUGUGAAAUGCAGACACAGUAAAUUUUUAGACAAAGAAAAUGGUGCUAGAUGCAGCACCAGGUCCUUCCCCCCUUUCACAAAAACAAACAGGACGGUUUGGGUGAAGCACAGUGACUUCACUCCACCUUGUUUGCUAGAGGAUAGAUUCAGUACAUUCAAGAGGGCUUCUGAGAUCGUAGAAGUAUUUAGAUAUGCCAUGAAAUGUACCACAACAUACAGUGUAUAAGAGAAGUAUUGUUUUAGAUCCAGCAAGGACAUUGGGAAUAAAUUGUGCAAUUUUGAUUGCCAGUUCUAUUUUAACUUGAAUUUACAGUGAGUCCCUGACAUGUCAAAAGCCCUGGGUUGCAUUCAAGCCAUAGAAACGUUAUGUCAAUGUCUCCUGAUUGCAAAUAUGAAUCAGGUUGUUUGCAAAGCAUUUCAGUGGAAACUAUUGACGUGAAACAGACUGAAAAGCAAAUAGCUUAGUAUAAAACAACUCACUCCUCGCAUAAGAAGGAUGAACAUUGUCUUAAGGUGGAAACUACUGUGAAACAUGGAGUUUUUUUGACCUGAGUGUUGAGUAAAUGCUUGUGUACCUGCACAGAGACAGUGUGUCACUGGUCUGGUUCAGAUGGUGGAUGGUACAGUAUUACAACCCCAGGGGGCUCAGUAUUUAACAUGUACUGUCAUUUCAAAACUGAUUUUGGAAACAGUUGAUGUUAUAUGCAAAAGCGACAGAAUGACACACAGUUUGACCUGUAUGAGUAAUUUUACAUUGCUCCACUGUUUAAUUCCUCCCCUCAGAAACAAACUGUAAACUGAGAUUGCGUGAUUCUGGUAUAAAAGGAGAACAUGGAGCUGAAGAUUAAUAAAAUUCACUGAUGUUGGCAUUUUUCUGUGUCUUGUUUUCAUAGUUAUAGCACACUAUCUGAAUAUUUGUCAGUGGUUUUCUGAUCAUCUGACAAAGUGAGUGUUAAUAUGUAUGUGGAGAUUAUAUCUGCUAACAUCACAAUAUAGUUAAUAGCUUUGAUCUUUUGCGAUACCCAGUUUCUAAUGCUGCAACAAAAAAAAGACCAAAAUAUUUCAUUUAGUUGUUUCAUGGGGCACGUUUUUAUUGAACAGUAUACACAGCUUCAAUAAUUGUUACUCUUCAUAACAAAAAGUAGGUGAUGCCACAUCUGCUAGGCGAGCCCAGCUCAGUGGAGGCUGAUCCCAGGAUGUUACCAACCAACUCAGGAGAACGUGAAAAAAAAAGAA